ACCAAAUUCCCAAACUCCAACUCUAAAAACACAUCUCACAAAGCCAAAAUGCAACUUGUGAACCCCUUCUCACGCCUUGCCUUGGUGCUGCUGCCUAUGGCUUUAAUGGCAUUUCUUCUUCUUCUUCUUCCGGUGAAUGGACAAAUCAAUAUGCCGUGCAGCGCCUCGAUGCUCUCGAGCUUCACCCCUUGCUUGAACUUUGUCACCAACAGCACCGGCAAUGGCACUUCCCCGACCGCCGACUGCUGCAAUGCACUCCGAUCUCUCGCAAGCGGCGGCCGGGACUGCCUCUGCCUCAUUGUCACCGGGCGUGUCCCCUUCCAAAUUCCCAUCAACCGGACUCUAGCCGUCUCUCUUCCUCGCGCCUGUAACUUGCCCGGCGUCCCCCUCCAAUGCAAUGCCGCUGCUGCCCCUGUUCCUGCUCCAGGUCCGAUCCCUCUUGGACCAGCUCUCUCCCCUGAAUCUUCGCCGUCGCCGUCGGUUACUCCUCAAGCGCCGGAACCCACCACUCCGGAUCUUUCUCCGGCGGCUGAAAAUCCAUCUUUCCCGGUUGGCCCCGAAGCUCCCACUGGGACCGCCGGAAGCCGCCCGGUUCUGACCCCGUCCGCCGCCGUGGCUUCAAACAGUUUCUCACCUUCUGUUCUGCUGCUGGGAUUCGCGGUUUUAAUUUUUAAAUUCAACUGAAUGUAUAGAAGAGAAGAGGAAGACAUUAUUUCCUCAGGAUUUCGAUGUGUAAUUUUCAUUAUUUUUCUCUUGUAUGAUAAUUAUUUGUCGGAGUGAUUGGAGUUUUAUGAUUCUGUUCUCUGUU